CUUCGGGCUGACCUGGGGGAGCUGUGGUGAUGGCGGGAGUGCUGAGACAGAUAGCUAGUGGGAGAGCAGGGCUUUGCAUGCCCCCACACAAUCCCAAUAAGCCUGUUUAUAGAGGUGUGGCCCGCUGUCCAGACACUGCGGUAAUCUCCAGCCUCUUGUGGGCUGUUACAAAGGAAAUCUAAAGUGCUACUGUGUAUCAUUUAGCACAUCCCAAUGUUAGUGUCUGCUGCUGAGGCAUGGCUACCUGGCAGCUGAGGGAUGCUUUAGAACUUGCUUUGAUUCACCAGCCUGACACUGUGACGACUGAUUUCCUUGACAAGUUACUAGAGGUCCCAUUCCAAGAUCGCUAUCGUAGACUGGACCUGCAGACUCUUCUUCCAGGAGGUGAACAGUCACCAGCUCUCCGUUCUGUGAUUAAUGCUCUCAAUAUCUUAGAGAAGUAUGGGAAGAAUCUCCUCUCACUACACCGUCCUAAGUUCUGGAGAAUUGUCAAAUUUAACAACCCGGUUUUUAAAUCGACAGUUGAUGCUAUUAAUGGUGGCCGUCAUGUCUUGUCAUUGUAUGGAUACACACAGUCCCUUCCAGAUGGUCUUAGCUUUCCAGAUGCAAUGCAAGAACCAGAUACUGCCAAAGUUGCUGCUGUAACAGCAGAUGUCAUUAUCCUCCACCGUGAGCUAAAUCUUUUGAUCUCUAAUUCCCAUCCAUACCAGGAGCGAGCAGCACAGGAACUACUGAUGAUGAGAUUCAAUCAGUCAUCUUUGGUUGCAGACUCUGUUGCUUUCUCCAGACCAGUCCCAUCAGUUUCAGAAUCGUCCUCUGAAGGAUGCGGUCUUUGUGGCGUGAAGACAGUCUCUGUUGUGUGUACUAUGUGUAAUGAUAUGCUGUGUUUAAAGUGUGACCAUAGAGUACAUUCCCAUCCCAAUCGUUCACAUCACCAACGCACCCCCUUUGACGCAUCACCUUCACACAGGCCUAAGGAUGAUGAAUUUCUUUCACAUGUUUCAUCACGCCCACCUUGGCAGUGUAUGUCAUGCCAUACUUUAAAUAGAGGGGGAGCAGUGCUCUGUGUGGGAUGUGACCGUCCUCGUGGUUGUAACAAUGCAUUAAGCAUGCCAUUAGAAGCUGGUUUGCUUAAAGACACAUGGGAGUGUCAGGCUUGUACUUUGCAGAAUCCAUCUUCAGCUGUCUUGUGUGCAGUGUGUGACCGACCUCGACUUGCUGGAAAACCAUCUAGAGAUGGUCAAGAGUCCACUGCCCCUGUUUACUCGGAUAUAAAGGACACUAAAGAUUUAUACAAGAAACAUGCUCCACUUAACCAGAGUAGAUUUAUGUCUUUGUCAGAGAAAAGCAAGACAACUGUGUUUGGUAGUAUGUAUGACAAACCUGCCAAUAUUGAGAGUAGUAACCCAAAACUACUAACCCAGGGGAAUAAUGAUGCUAGUCUCCCAUACUUGAAGAAAAGCAGCCCAGAGAGCUCUUAUGUGAUUGACAAAUCAAUCAAUGAAUUGAAUAGCAGCUUGGAACAUUUCUCUGAACCUCAAUAUGGGGAAGCGGAAGAUCGAAUAAAAAUGUCAAAGGCUUGGCAGUGCUCUCACUGCACAUAUUACAACAUGUGCAGCGGUCGUGUUUGUGAGAUGUGUGACCGAACCAGUGAAGGGCUAACACCAACAGAAGAGAUUAGAAAAAAGGAAGAAGAGAGGCAGUCAAAAUACCAGGAUGAGAUGAGACAGAAGCAGCUGAAAGAGGAAGGAGCCAAAAUGGUGGCAUUAAUUAAGGAAGGGGAAGCACAUGGUGUUUCCCCAGAAGAGGUGUGCAGUGCAAUCCGUUACUCUGGUACAGAAAAGCCUUUGUGGUGGCUGCAGUCUGAACUCGUCUAUGUGUUAGAACGGUUAAUCGAUGCAGCGUCGCUUAAAGCAGGCUCUGAGUUGGGCGCUUUUACCACAGAUGAAGCUCGUAGUGUAUGGUUAUCAUGUGGAGGUGAUAUGGAGGAAGCAGUGAACCUAUGCAUUAUACAGCGAAGAAACAAGGUGGAAGAACUAUGUUCUCUUGGCUUCCAAGAUAGAGAUAAGGUGGUUGCUGCGCUGUAUGAGAGUGGCGGCAGUGUACCAAGAGCACUUAGUAUUUUACAAGCACCUCUUUUGGAACCCUUUCUCAGACGUGUAUGGGAAGAUAAAGACGUCCCAUUUCAGCUUGACUCCAGAGACAGACAGGCACUUCUCAGACGAUUACUUGCAGAGUAUGCCCUACAUAGUUGGGGACGUGCUGAGCUGGCUCUGUCACUGCUUCAGGAAGGGGAAGGACGUUAUAAUCUUCAGGAUGUUGUAGAAGCAGUGAGAGAAUCACAGGACCGUGACUUCAUCAAGAGAAUGCUCACUCAGGAAUGCGCAGUCUGUGGAUUGCAGCUUCCACGUAAUAAGAUGCGUUCUCUAACUUCAUGUGAGUGUUGUAUCUGCCCAGAAUGCUUUUGGAUGCACUUUACAGUUGCAGUAAAAGAGAAACACAUUAGGGAUAUGGUGUGUCCAGCAUGUGAGGAGCCAGAGAUAAGUGAUGAGGGAGAACUCUUACAUUAUUUUUCUACACUAGAUAUUUUGUUACGGGACACUCUUGAGGAGGAUGCAUACAAUUUGUUCCAUAAAAAGUUGACUGAGAGGACACUUAUGAAAGAUCCUAAAUUUCUUUGGUGCACUCAUUGUUCGUUUGGAUUUAUUUAUGAACGGGAUCAACUAGAUGUAAAGUGUCCUCAGUGCAAAUGCAGAUUCUGCAGGAAAUGCAAGCGACCAUGGGAGGAACAGCAUCAAGCCCUAAGUUGUGAAGAUUUCCAAUGUUGGAAGCGAGAAAAUGAUGCAGAAUAUCAGGCACAGGGACUUGCUGUGUACCUGCAGGAAAAUGGGAUCACAUGUCCACACUGCAAAUUUUCUUAUGCGCUUGCAAGAGGAGGUUGUAUGCAUUUUAUCUGCUCUCAGUGUCGCCAUCAGUUCUGUAGUGGAUGCUACAACACUUUUCACUCUAAAAAUAAAUGCACAGUCCCUACCUGCACAGUCAGAAUGUCACUCCAUGCUCAUCAUCCUAGAAACUGCCUAUUCUACCUACGAGACUGGGAGGUGUCUCGUCUGCAGACCCUUCUCCAAAUGUCUAAUGUGGCCUUUAACACAGACCCCCCUGCUGGAACACAGGCUGGACCUGGAGGUGGAUGUCGUGUGAUGGAGCAAAAAGAAAAUAUAGAUGGAUUGAGAGAUGAGGCCUGUGGAAAACAGACUGCCUUUGGAUAUGCAGGGCUUUGUGAAUCUCAUUAUAAGGAAUAUUUGGUCAGUCGAAUUAAUGCUUUAUCUCUGGAUCCUUGUAUUCUCUAUGACUUGGAAGAAACUGUCACAGUAUGUAAACGAUACCUCCAAAAAUGCCCCACUCGAGAGACUACUGAAGAUGAAAAUAUUUACAAAGACAGACUUGUAAAGAUGCUGAUGCUUGAGAUGCCCUUGAGUCCAGUUGUUCAAAGAAAUCAUCACCCUUAAUGAUUUUCUUUCUACCCUCUUUCUGUAUGGCAUAAAAAUAAUUAAAUAUUGUAAAUUAGAUAUUUAUCAAUUAAAUAAUAAAGUAAAAAUCGUAUAGUUUUUAUU